AUGCUCAAAGGCCAAGCCUUGGAUUUUUACUAUGAUAACAAGGAAAUAUGGGAAGCAAGUGACCGUGACCCCGUUGAAGGAAUUCGUGCCUAUUUCGAAGGCCCAGAAUAUCAUCGAACCGUACUGGAUAAGUGGAGCGGAAUUUCGCUUCAAAAUACAGUCGAUGAGAACCCAGAGAAGACAUUAAAAGCGUGUCUCAAUAUGAUGCUAACAGAACUUGCAAGUUUAUACGACCGUCUAGCUCCAAAACUACGCAACGAAGAAUUUUACCUUGCAAGACUUUUACAGGCAACUCGUACACAUCUGGCAUGCCAACUUGCAACUUCAAAGCAACAAGAUACAGUUCCUGGACUAACCCGCGAUUUACAAUCAGGUGUCAGCCAGUACGAGGACAUGAUAAAAGCCACGAAUAGGCACUGCACUGCAAACCCCAGCACCAACACAUACUUUACAGAUCGACGAGGCAGGAAAAAGUGCUUUGUAUGUCAAAAACCUGACUGCUGGUCAACACGUCACACGCCCAAGGAAAGAGCGGAUUCGAAACGCCGUUAUUUGGACCACUUUAACAAGCGUAUUGAUCAAUAUAUUGCCGACUACGAGGGCACAGAGGAUGACGAUGAGGAACUGCCAGAGGAACUCUUAUCAGCUGCUGAUGACCUUAUUCUGACAGACGAUUAUAAAUCCGGACCUACACACGAUGCCUCGUCAACCCUGUUCACAGCUACAUUCUUUACAACGCACAACGACAACGACACGAACCAUGGUCCGUCAAUAACCAUGGAACUAGCAAACUGUUCCGCUUCGCACUGGAUUGCCUCACUAUUCCUGAAGCCUGGCUUGGAAACUGAUUUGUACAAAACCAGCAAAGCAACUCUCAAGGUUCUGACCCCCGAGUCAAGUCACGUCUAUCUAAAUGAGGGCCGCUAUUCGUCAGAAAGCUUUAAGGGUAUCGUUAUCGACACUGGCGCCGCGCAACUCUCUACAGCUGGAUAUGGGCAAUACCUCGCCUACAAGAGAAUCGUCAGAAAUAUCGAUAUUGAUACUACAACGGCUGGCAUGGUAAUAGUUCAAUUUGGACCUAGUGAUCCCUAUCAGUCAAUUAGGUCAAUCGACGUGCCUACACCUAUUGGUACUAUACAGUUCCAUAUCCUGACAACCACGACACCGUUCCUAAUGUCGCUAUACGAACUCGACAGACUAAAACUUUAUUUUGAUAAUACCUGCAAUCUCCUUGUCAAUAAGAAAACGGGAAAAAUAACACCAGUUAUUCGUCAGUUUGGCCAUCCAUUUCUUGUAUGGGAUUACUCCUAUCACACUCACUUACUUGCUUCAUUUGACCACAACCCCUGCCUUCUCACCGAUACCAAAUUACGCCGCCUACACCGCCGAUUUGGCCACCCUUCAACUGAUAGACUUCGCCGUAUACUUACACGUGCGGGCCACGAAACCAACAAGGAAGCAAUUAAGCACAUUCGCAAAUUCUGCCACCAUUAUCAAAUGUACGACAAGUCACCUGGACGAUUCCGGUUCACACUGCAUGAAGAUGUUGACUUUAAUCACUCUAUCAUUAUUGACAUUAUGUACCUUGAUGGAGACCCUGUACUUCACAUUGUCGACGAAGCAACACACUUCAAUGCCGCUGCGUGGCUGCUAAAUAUCUCAACAAAAGUCGUAUGGGACACACUCCGAAAGAUCUGGAUUAACACGUACCUGGGACCCCCAGACUUAGUUAUCACAGACGCUGGAAAGACCUUUAUAAGCAGGGAAUUCUCACAAUCUGCUUCAGCUGUAGGCACAAUCAUCAAAACAGUACCAGUCGAAGCACAUUGGUCAAUUAGAACUGUUGAACAACACCAUGCCAUGAUUCGCCGCUCAUAUGAAAUCAUCAAAAAGGAAUUACCAGAUUUACCUAAAGACGCUGCCCUAUAG